CAGCGUAUUUCUUUUGCCUCAAGUAAAAUAUUGUGCUGUCAAAAUUUUAGGUUAGUUUAUUGUUAUUUUACUUUGCUGUCACCUAUCGUGCUGUCAUGUUCUUGUAAAAAGUAAACAGUUUCAAAUUGUCCUAAACUAAAAAAAAAGAAUCCAUAAAAAUGGCUGGAAGAGGUAGAGGCAGAGGUAAUGGAAAGUCUUUAACACAUGAACAACUACAAGCUCUCGGUAUUACUCGCACUGAUAACACAGCCGCCCCACAGAACUUGGCCCCGCCGCCUUUAUUUCCUAAAUUAGAAGUGAAACCCCUUCCCUUACAAUGUGACGCGGCGACAGAUUACAUGGUUAUUGUAAGGGAUCAAUUUCUAGAAUACUUACACGAGUCCCCUGCAUAUGUGAAACCGAAAACACGCACUGAUGGUAUAGAACGAUAUUCCGACAAGUACAAGUUACUCGCUUUAGACGCGAAAAAAGAAGGCGUUUUAAAUUGUGUUUGGCCUAACCUACCUCCCGAAUUGAGACCGCAUGGACGACGGACUAAAUCAGCUAAUCUCAAGCGAAAAUUGUAUGAUCCAAAAGAAAUAGCUAAGAGAUUACAAAAAUUGGAGAAAAAAGAAGCUAAUGGAGAUACAACUGAGUAUAUGGAAACAAAUGAAAAUGAGGAUGAGGCAGAGAAAGGAGAUGGUGAUAAUGAAGAACUGUCAGAUGAGCAGGAGCAAGAGGAAGAAAUUGAUGAUGGCACCGACUACGCCAACAACUACUUUGAUAAUGGUGAAGAUGAUGAUGAUGAUGAUGAUAACGCUGAUGAUGGGCCAGUGUACUAACAAUAACAAAAAAGCUGUCUCAUAUCUGUGAUAAUAAAAAUUAAUUUGUAAAUGUUAAA